CGGUGGACAAGCCACAGCUCUGGUAUUUCCAACAUCUCCUGAACCUAUCUCUCACUGAGUGCUUUGCCGCGAUGGAAAGAAAAGUACUCGCUUUGCAGGCGAGGAAGAAGAGGACAAAGCCGCGGAAACAUGGCAAAAAUGAGUGAGAAGAUUUUUGAACACCUGCCUUAUUACCGUCCUCCUCCACUGUCCGGUCCUCUUUCCUGCAUCACGUCCCAUGGGCAUCCGUGCAUCCUGUAGACCAGAGCCACAGGGUUGUGCUGUUGGUUCCAAGCCAAGUCAGGCAGACUCACCGGGCCCGGAUCAAGAUGAGGAGAUUCUUGGCUCUGACGAUGACGAGCAGGAGGACCCCGGUGACUACUGCAAGGGCGGCUAUCACCAUGUGAAGAUCGGAGAUCUUUUCAACAAACGGUACCAUGUGAUCCGUAAGCUGGGCUGGGGACACUUCUCCACCGUGUGGCUGGCCUGGGACAUUCAGGAGAAGCGCUUUGUGGCCAUGAAGGUUGUAAAAAGUGCUGAACAUUAUACAGAGACUGCUUUGGAUGAGAUCAAGCUGCUCAAAUCUGUGCGAAACACAGAUACCAGUGAUCCCAGCAGGGAGCGAGUCGUCCAGCUUCUAGAUGACUUCAAAAUCUCUGGCAUGAAUGGCACUCAUGUAUGCAUGGUGUUUGAGGUGCUGGGGUACCACCUACUGAAAUGGAUCAUCAAGUCAAAUUAUCAAGGGCUGCCGCUGCCGUGUGUUAAGAGUAUCAUUAGACAGGUCCUGCAGGGUUUAGACUACCUCCACACCAAAUGUAAAAUCAUCCACACAGACAUCAAACCGGAGAACAUCCUUCUGACUGUCAAUGAGCCCUACAUUAAGAAAAUUGCAGUGGAAGCGACGCAGUGGCAGAAGACCGGUGCUGCACCACCGUCUGGUUCUGCAGUCAGUACAGCUCCAGCACCCAAGACGAUGGCCAAAAUGUCCAAGAACAAAAAGAAGAAAAUGAAGAAGAAGCAGAAGAAGCUGGCAGAGCAGCUCGAGUUGGGAGGUGUAAUGGCACCGGAAGUCGAAGAGAAGGAUGAGGAAACGACGGAAAGGACUGACAGCACCUCCUCUGCCAACAUCCCGACGUCUGCCGCUCUGCCAAACGACACAAAUCAUCCUGUCACCGAAUCGCCAACCAACAAGCUACCCCAAAGUGCGAAAGAGGCCGGUGUACACACAGAGGCCGCCAUUGAGGAGAGCAACAUGGAGGUCAACGGUCACACCUCCACACUGCUGAGCAAGGACGUCCCAGAAAAAGAGGACCAUGCGACCCAGGAUGUCUGUAACCAAGAGGACCCUCAGACCUGUACCAGUUCCUCUGGCGACCCCGAGCAUCAGGCGCAGGAGCAGCAGCAGCCUGCUUCCCUCGGCUCAGACGGUGUGACCUCUGAACUCAAUGAUGAAGUCAAAACUGAGAGGAAGGAGGAAGAGAUGGACACUCAAGGGAAGAACGAAAAAGCUGGUGAAGAUGAAGGAAACAGCCAAAAUGAAUCAUCCAGUAGCUUGUUAGUGGACCCCCUGGACCCCCUGAAUGCUGACAAGUUGCAGGUUAAGAUCGCCGACCUUGGAAAUGCUUGCUGGGUGCACAAGCAUUUCACAGACGACAUCCAGACCCGUCAGUAUCGAUCACUGGAGGUGCUGAUAGGAUUCGGCUACAGCACGCCAGCAGACAUUUGGAGCACAGCCUGUAUGGCCUUUGAACUGGCCACUGGAGACUAUCUGUUUGAACCUCAUUCAGGAGAAGAUUAUUCCAGAGAUGAAGAUCACAUAGCUCUAAUCAUCGAGCUGCUUGGUAAAGUUCCGCGCAAGUUGAUAGCGGCAGGCAAAUACUCCAAGGAGUUCUUCACCAAGAAAGGCGACCUGCGACACAUCAACAAGCUGAAGCCAUGGGGCUUGUUUGACGUGUUGGUGGAAAAGUACGAGUGGCCCAAAGAGGAAGCCCACACCUUCAGCAGCUUCCUGCAGCCCAUGCUGGACCUGGUACCCGAAAGGAGGUCCACGGCGGCCCAGUGUCUCGCUCAUCCAUGGCUCUCAUCCUAAAAGCGCCACAUUGCGUGCGCACACGUCUACACUUGAUUGCCAAAGGAUUAGGUGUGAAGAUUCUGGGCUUUAGAACAGAAAUAUUCGGACUCUCAGGCCUUUUGACUGUGUCUGCAUUCCUUCACGGCCUUCAAAUGCAACCCACAAAAACUUUAAACAUCAGUGAAGCCUGCAGUUUAGUCUCCAUCCUUAUUUAGAGACUACUGACGGAACAGAACCCCCGAAUCAUCUUCAUUGCAAACUGCAGCUUUUGUAUUUCUGUCUUCAUCUUUUUUUCCCUCUUCAGCACAUCACUCUCUUUCAGGUCUUUUAGGUACUCUUAGAAUUGAAAAUAAAACUUUGCUGGAUUUCAAAAGAAGUUGCACUUGAUUGUAACGGCAGGAGCAAGGAGGUUUCCAUCAAAUUGUUAAAUGACUUUUACAUCACAAUAAGAUCCAAAUCUGUAUGUUUACCAUUGAAUUAGCAGUGCCAGCUACCAUGCCUUGUGGCUAUCAAAAUCAAUUUUUCAAUUACAAAAUGUUUCUCUGUCCUGCAAAGUAUACUUAAACAUUUCUACAUUUACUAUAUACGGUAAGAAGAGAUCAAAGAGCUAGCUUUUAUACAUUUUGUUAUGGAUAGUGUUGUUGCUUUCAGUACUUGGCACAAAACAAUGUUGAUAACAUGCACAAAGUUUUGUCUAAUAAAAGACUGGAUUGAAAAACAAUAUCAGUGGAUCAAAAUGUCAGGC